AUGGGAGACUCCAUCGGUGCGCCUUCCUCGGCCCCAGCGCCGACGGCGACGACGGCAAGACGGCCGCAACCGCACCUAGACACCAGGAACCUUGGUUCGGCCCUGCCAGUACCGGACGACCAUGACAUCCAUGACCAGCGUUCUCCCGCUCCCUCUCCCCGAGUUGCUGAGGAAUUGUCGACUGUUCAUGAACCUUAUAGGAGAUUUAGCGCUCGACACACGCAGAAGCAUGAUCUUGGCCCAAAAUGGCACAAGGAAUACUCCGACCUUGACAUAUUCGCCGGACGGGUCCUGAUAAUCGAUUUUGUUAAACAGGAUGAGUGUAAGGUCGGGAUGCGCAAAGUAGCUGCGCAGGAAAUUUAUGACCUCGAACACCUCCGGAAGGUGUACACCAACCCGGAACGAAAUAGCGAAGCCGUGCUGCGCGUCUUUCAUGUGCAGAAUGCAGAGUGGGCCACCAAUUUUCUCCUGCGCAAGUUCAAUAUCGAUAACCGAGACGAUCUUGUUGGCACUGACUUUGGCCGCUAUGUCCGCCACAAACGUCCCGAACGACGGGGAGGGAAGCCCUUUCUGAGCGGGAAGACGUGGAAAGUACAAUAUGAUCCUUGGCGCGGGAUUAGCAAGACGUCCUUUGGCGUAGAUUAUUUCAAACAAUACCGUUGCCCUGAUCCGAUGAAUCGAGUGCCGAGGGGCCCGCAUGAACAGGAUGAUAGCUUGAAAAUGAUGGAACUGAAUUGCUUCGAUCAAAAUGAUAAUCCCAAAUAUGGCUAUGAUGUCUAUGUGCAGCGCGUCAGUUGCUAUAUCCAACACAAACAGUCCGCCAUUGGGGUGCCCACGAACCCGGAUAUCAAGAACCCUUACAUCAUCGACCCCCCGAAAACCGACAGUGCUAGGCAGCGUAGGAAGAACGAAUACAUCCCACGUCUCGACACUCUCGAUAACGGCAACGCGAUCCUCAUAUUUGACAAUUCACACACCAACUGCAUCGAGGACACCUUGAUCGCGGCACGGCGCUUCUGGGAAUCACGAUGGCGCCGACUCCCUUUCUUCCUGGCGUUCGAAUCUCGCGAUCUCGUGGCCACGGACGAGCAGCUCGCAUACCAAUGCUCGAAGAUCAUCCUUGAGGAUAUUUUCAAGGCGCUGGUGUUGGAGUGGGAUACCUUUUUGGACCUUGCUAUGGACCACGUUAGUAUUUUGGAAGACAAGGUUUAUGAGCAGCCAGCCGACGAGACGAGGGCACCAGAGCUAUGGCUGAAUUCAAAUAUUUGGCUGAAGGUAGAGAAACUAUUGUUUAUACAUAUUGACGUUGUCAAGGAGAUGCGGCCAAGGCUAGGGGAGUUGGAUGACGAACUAAACCCAGACGAUACAUGGCUUGACAAUAUCCCGGGAGACUAUGACAGGCUCAGCACAUUGGUUGAGGAAGAUUUGGUCAAACCAACUAAGACUUUGAUUUCGCUGCUCUAUCAAAGCGUUUCAAUCCGUGAUAGUAGACAUAGCAUCCAACUCGGUGUCAGCAUGUGGCGGCUAAGUUGGAUAACAUUUAUCUUCCUACCCCUGACUUUCAUUGUCGGCUUCUUCGGCAUGAACGUCGAUGCGUUUGCCGACAACCCUAGCAUUAAGUGGUACUUCAUAUCCUGCGUGCCCUUUAUGCUCUGUGUGCUCGGUGCUUGGUACGUCGUCAAGCAUGUCAUCGCCCGCCAGCGCCAAACCCCUUACCAGCGCGGCAUCUACGAGAACUUCUUUCACGACAUGGCCACCGAGAACCCCUCUUUGUGGUCGCGCAUGGGCCCUCGCGACUAUGUCCGCCCGAAAGGCUACCUCGCUCGCCUCAAAUGGUACCUUAUCAAACGCUGGAGCGCACCCGAAAAGACAAUACAGGCUAGGCGGGAAUCAGAUGAUCAUGGCGUCGAUAGUCUGGGUGCUGUUUCGAAGCUUAAGCGCUACUUGAUCUGUCGCUGGACCGCGCAGAUCGCCGCUAGCCAGCCCGUUGAUCCGUCAUCUGCUGGCUCUCUUGAUGCUGGCCAGGUAAGCUUCGACUUAGAAGCUGGCAACCCAGCCGAAGAGUCUCAUGUUGUCGCGGAAGGACUAGCGGAGGCGACUGAGAUGUUGGUCAUACCGGCAACCCCCGUCAUCGAAGGGGCAUUUUCACUUGAAGAACCUACGAGUCGAUUGGUUGCACCAGCCAUGUAUACUACUACUAAUGAUGAAGCACGUCUCUCCCGAAGGUGGUCCCGCCGCCACCGCCAUCAGAGCAGCGAUGGUAGUGGCGAUAGGAGUAGUGGGAUUUUGGUCGAAGAGGAGGAUUCUCGAUGGCUUAGUGAGCGGGGGAAGGAGGGGAAGCGGUUUAUGUGGAGGUCGUCGAGCUCAAGGGAUAGGAAUGAGGCUAAGAAGGAAAAAGAGGAGGGAAAAGCUGAGCUGGAUCAGGAGAAUAAACAAGCGGGGAGUUCGAGCGGUGCUGAGGGUCAUGAAGAGGUUGUCACUGGCAGUGAUGCUGCUGAAGAGAGGAGCGAUGAGAAGACGCACCCGAAGACCUAAGAGGGUUUCCGGGAAACUUGAGGUCAUAGAUGCCCCAGAGACUAGAGGGAUUAAACAAUGCUGUGAGUAUGGAUUGAGGUUUGGUUUCAGCUUUGAGAUUUUUGAAGUACGGUGCUAGCUGAUAUACUUUUUGGAUACCCUCUAACGCUUUUGGAGUAUUUUCAUAUUUCGGACCGUUAUUUAACCCCUGAUGCCGUUUUCCACCCCGAUUAUGCACUGUACGAUACCCACAUCUUGGUAGAUUUUGUGCUAGAUUGCUUUGGUUUUUUUAAUAAUUUAUUGGAAGCGCAUUUAUCACCCAAUACCUUCCCAUUAAUUGAAUUUUAUAAAGGUUAUGAGGCCAAUGGUCCUGGAAUAUGAAGCUCGGAGAGCAAAAAAAAAUAUGUUUCUAAUAGAUCUCUGGCGAGAUACAUUCUUCCCGAUGCAUAACUGCCCAGAAAAACAUUUACCAUAACACGAA